AUCAACUAUGAAACAAUUACGGACUAUUCCAUUUAUAAAAAGCCUUUAACGAAAAUUCCAUUAAAAUAUCAAAGGAAGCGACAUCCGCGUGUCUUCGAUCGAUACAUUUUCUCUAAAGCGCAUGGAAAGGAAAGAAAAAUUCACGAAAUUUAUAAAGAGUUAACUAAAAACUCGUAACACCAAAGUCCCUUUAAAAAUCAAUUCAAAGUCCUGAAAAUUCUAUUAAAGAGAGAUCGCUAAUUCCAAGCAAUCAUUCGUUGCACGUGCUAAAACAUAGGAUAAAAGAAAAGAAGAAAAUUCGCAAGAUUAAAAACGAUAGAAUUUUUCGAAGAAAAAAGAUUUUCAAAACGAUCGCCUACUCAUCGAUGGGGACGAGCAUCGUCGACCUGAUGAUGUUCCUGGAUGUCUGCCAGCUGUACCUUCAAACGAAACGGAAGUCGCGGAACUUGUGCACGCUUUGGGCCAUCGUCACGUUCAUUCGCACGGAAGACACCGGUGAAUUUCUACGUUGGUGCCGAGCGUACACAGUUCCUUAUCUACGUUACAGGGACAACUAUGUCAGUUCUAGCGCCAAAGAAAAGCAGAGGAUCGAUAAGCUGAUUCUGAAGGUUCUGCAAGAGCUGUUCUAUUGCGGAUGCAUACCACCAUCCGAUAUCGGUCUAUGAAUGAAAUUUUCUCUCACAUAUUUAUAAAAAUGUUCUAUCGUAUAUGGUGGAUUAUUUUCACGAAGAUUUUCCUGCUCGAUAUCUUCUUCUUGGAGAUUUUCGCGGACACGCGUGUGGAUGAGGGUAAACCAUCUUAGCGAGAGGGAUGUCUGAAAGCGACGGAGAGCAAGUAGCUCGGUCGGUGGCCUUGGAGCAAGCCUACGUCCAUGAAGUUUACGAGCAAUGCGCCGAAAAAACGGUCCAGAGUCGACACUGGCCACGAAUCUAUCAAUUUCUCGAAGAACUGGAGCCGGGAGCCCUUGUUUGCGAUAUUGGUUGUGGCAACGGGAAGUACCUGAACGUUAAUCACAGCAUCUUUAAGGUAGGAGUGGACCGGUGCAAGCGUUUCACGGAUAUCGCGCGUGAGAAGGAAAAUGAGGUAUUGAUCUGCGAUAAUCUAGCUCUGCCGUUUCGAGAUGAGAGUUUCGAUGCGGUCCUCUCGAUCGCCGUGGUGCAUCACUUUGCCACAACAGAGAGGCGAGUUCACGCGUUGAAAGAACUCGCAAGAGUAUUGCGGAUCGGCGGUCGACUGGUUAUAUCGGUAUGGGCUAUGGAACAAAAACACAGAAGGUUCGAGUCUCAAGACGUGUUGGUACCAUGGCCGAAAGCUUACUGCAUGAACUCGGUGACAAAUAGAUCGAAACGUUCGAGCGCGCCACACGCCACUGAAUUAUAUUACAAUCAGAACGCUCAAAAAUUCCCAUCUUCCAAAAGGAACAGCCAACGAAAAUGCAAAAGCAAGAGCUAUUGGAUCGACCCGAUAUUCAGCCCAUCACCGUCAACCAGCAGCCUAUCCAGCCCGAACGAGACCUGCUAUAGUUUCUUCCGUCGCGCUUUGCAGAAAUUAGCAGGAAGUAGACGUGGAUCUGGCAAUCGACCUUGGUUUCUUGACAGUUGGCAGAGCGGCAGUGGGAAAAAUCGCAAAGACUACGAGCAAGAAGAACCACCGGACGUGGACGAACUGCCCAUCGAGUUACGCCGCGUAGAGGAUGUUAACGUGACAUUAAACAAACAGUCAGACUCUCUGAGUAUUAAAUCUAAGAGUCUGGGUGACAUUUUGGAGAUUCAGCGACUAGAUCUUGUACGAUCUAGAUCCAGUAUUCCUGGUUUGUGCUCCAUGUUGACGUCCGAAUUGAAUCUAGACGGGGAAUCGAGGACGUCAUCGUCGAUGAGUGGCUCGAAGCCACGUCUGGUCAAACAGAAGACUCACCUCGUGGACGACACCGGUUUGGAACAUCCUGAUAACACUGCCAUUCAAGAACUAUCUAAGGACAUUCCAGACUUUCAGAUAACACCUGGUCAUAAUUCGAAGCGGGGAAGCAUCCUGAAACAGAGCUCGAUGAACGAGGAACUAAUGUCUACCGAUAGGCUAGAAGAGAAAGAAAGGGUACGAAGGAACAUAAUGAAACAGGCGUCCCUGAACGAGGACAUUAUCUGCAAAGGGAAAACCUUCGAAUCCCUUAGAGACUCCCUCUAUUCCGUAAACGCGACAAAGAGAUUUCAACUAUUGAAAAGUGGCCUUACGAACAAGAUUAAACAAUCCACGACUAACAUCGAGGUAUCCGGUAUAUCGAUCAAGAACGGAUUCGUGAAGAUCUUACAAGGAUGGAAAUCCACGGAAAAUGAAACGAAUACAACUAAUACGUCGACCGACGAAGCGUCUAAGAUGAUGUACAAUGACUCGAAGGUUCAGCCUGUAACUGUGCCGAAAAGAGAGACAGAGGUGAUCGAAAGGCGUUUGUCUCGCGAAGACGGUUCGGAUUCGUCGAAAGACAGUAGUUUGCAGAGCGACACAAGCGUCGAUUCCGAGGACAGUUUCGCGUCCGUGAUUUACGUGCCAAAGCAGGACGCACAGCCAACGAUAGAGGCUAUUAUUCCAGCCUCCAGUGGUCAUCAGCUGGGAAGCAUCUCAGCGCCCCCUUCACCGCGCGUCAAACAUCCUCCUGAUACAUCUAACUCAAGAUUGAAGGUCAUUUCCAUAUCCCCAUUGCUCAAACAGUUUCCAGCUACUAGCAAGUCUCUACCUCCACCUAGUCCACCUGGCCUAUCCCCUUGUACUUUAAACCCUGUAUUUAGCAGGCCAUUCUUUGGUUCAACCACAGUCCCCAACCAGCAACAGGUAUCUGGAGACAAUACUGUUAACACAAAGAGGACGGAGGUUUCGAACAACGGUUGUCAUCAAACAAUCAAUGGAGACUUGCAGGGUAAUAAAAGGAAUAUCGAAAGUGAGAUUUGUGGGAGGACUAAUUUCUGCGAAGAGAAGAAGCCUAGUUUGCAGACUAUACGCGCUUAUAGAUCUAUGACUGAGAGUGUGGAGGUCGAGGAACCGAAAACUGACAAGGACACUGCUCCACUUUUACCUACUGUGGAUGAUAGUCCUGACGUGUCGUUGCACGAGAAAAGUACCAUUGAAGUCAGUAAGGAGGAAGAGAAUCGUAAGGCCAGACUAAAUCAGAUCAAGGAAUUGCUGAAACAGAAGCCUGGUUUUGCAACUCGAACCAAACCGUCGUUUCCUCUGGUUAGAAGAGCUUCGACGACAGCUAGCGGUCGUUUGGAGGCUGUUACCAAAGUUCUACCACGUUUGCUUUCAUUGGAAUUAUUCAAUCCCGAGACUGAUGAUCUGGAUAGCGAUUCCAGUGGAGUGUCGUCACCGGAUUCGAUAGGUUCUGUGAUUAGCGUAAUCUCUGAUGAGAAAUACAUGGCUAAGAAGGAUAAUACUAAGUCAGAGUGUACCGAAUCCGAAGUGCUAGAUAGCUCGGUUGAAAACGUGUCUGAUCCCAGUGACGCGACAGCUGACGAAUCAUCAGGAUACGUAGCUGAUUCCAAGGAGGAUGAAACGAAGGCAACAGGAGACAGUAGUUCGUCUCAGUCUUCUAGACUUCUAGAAGCUGCAACUAACGUCGCCAAUUUUCUGGAGGAUACUGUGGAGACGGCCAUCACAAAAACGCACACUAAAUCGUACUCGACGCAGAUAGCACAACAGGAAAGCGUUGAAAGUUCAGCUAGUAGCGAAACAAAAGUCAGAACGAAGUCGGAUAUUCAAUUGCCAAAGGUGGAGGAUACGUGGAACGAAGAAUGUCGCAAGCAUCUGAUAGACUUUACCGAAAAGCUUAGUGAAAACUUGAUGCACGAGUUGGACGAAAACAAGAGCGAUCAGAAGACUUUAGAUAAACCAUUCCUAUCGAGGAAAGACUUGGACAAACGCAACUUUGAACACCUACCUCCUUACGACAUUCCAUCGUCGAUAUCUACCAAGUCGAAAUACAACGAUUUAUCCAACACGAUCGCAUGGCUGAGUAACACCAAUAAUGGUUUCCAUGAAGAAAUGCAUAGAAGUACUUCAGACGACAUAAUGGAUUUCGUGAUGGUCUCCAAUACCGGGGAAUUCAUGAACGAGAAAGAAACGUCCUCCUUGGACAAACCAUCUUCGGAGAAACCUUAUCUAAGAAGCGCAAACUCCAUAGAGUCUAGCGAUAUUGGCGAGUCCAUCGAUAAUACGAUCAGUUUCAGUGACGGAAGCCACGCGGAGUCCACUGGACGAUUGUGUAGCAGCAUGAUGUCGCUAUUAUCAAACACCAACGAAUACCCUAAAUCAUACGCUGAGAAACGAAGACUCCAAUUACAAAGGAGGUCCGCCUCCGAGGAGACGCCACCUAGGUAUCCAGACAAUAGCAAACGCAGUACCGAUUGUCUGGUAACCACGACAGGAAGUAACGAUUCCCUGACCGGAUCAUCGUCCCAGGAAUCUUUACCGUCCGAUCGCGGAGGUGGCGCCAUUACUUAUCAUCAGUACUAUCACGUGUUCAGGGAGGGCGAGCUGGACCAACUGAUCAACAAAUACGUGGAGAACUUGCAUAUUAUCUCGUCCUACUAUGAUCACGCGAGCUGGUGCAUCGUUGCGGAAAAGGUGCAGGUCUGGACUAUAUGACUCGAGGCGGACGCCCCUGUCCCGUUUUCACGCGGAGCGUCGCGCCUCGUGCGUCGCCAUGCCGCCGGCUAGAUCGCUUAUCGGGCAAGGAUAAUCAGUUCGUGAAGCUCGCUGAAACUUCGUGAAAUGCUUCUCGAUUCAGUUUACGCGGACGCACGCGUUACGAUGAAGAGUAGGCUAAUUUCUUUAUUAUUAAAGGCAAGAGGUAUGGUUGGUAGCUAAUGAAAAUACGUAUACAAUACUUAAAUGAAUUUAUUAUCGCUUUUCUUAUUGUUUAGGUCGAAAGUGAUUACAUUAGCUGGCCAUGAGUUAUGGUCGAGUUCAGAUAAGCGAGUCAGAAGUAUAUUAGAAUUUUAAAAUUGAUUUGGAAGACUAUGAGAAGACUGGAUUUUAACCAAAAGAAACGAAGUAUAAUUUCUAAGCGCAGUUUUUUAUUUCGGCCAGUUAAUCUAUUUUUCACCUCGAAUCUUAUUCCUAUCGAAGCAUUGUGUAUAACUUACAUUGAAGAAAAAUAUUUUGCUAUUUCGAGGUUAAAGUUAAUCAUAUGAUGAAUUCUAUUGAUCUGCAAUUGAUUGAACCAUUAGCUAUCUACCAGAAAUAAGAGAGGUUAGGGCAAGAUGUUAGAUGAAGCGAGUUAUAAAAGAUGAGGAAUGAGGUGUAAAUAUGUAAAAUAAAAAGAAAAAAUUAUACGUUUCCGACGUAAGCGCACAGAUCGGUAAACAAAAGAUAAUUCAUCAGAUAAGCAACACUACUAGAAUAGCGAUUUGUAUCAUUCGUCUAAGUGCUUGACCAAAUGUUUCUUCUUUACUUGUUGGUUCAUUGUUUUAUCAUUGGAAAAAAAGUCUCCAUUCUAGUCUCGAGUUUCGAUUACGUGAUAAUAUGUAGCUUUAGUUAGAUCUGUGGUUCCUAAUCUUUUCAUCAUUCAACUCGUCGGCCACUUGUGAUCAUUCUCCCAUAAAAACGGACGCUAUCUUUUCCGUUGCAUUAUAUCUGUACAGUUCGAGUAUAAUUCCAUUGUAGGCAGCAGCGUUGCUGUUAUCUCUUGGUUUAUCUCUGAUCAUUCUUCUUUCUAUUCGGUAUUUUUUGUUUUUAGUAUUAUUUUAUUUAAUUUUUUGUAUAAGUUCUUUUUCCUAUAAUAUUAUGAUAAUAAAAGAUUCUAUUUAUUUUUUUUAUAAAUAAAUUAAGUGUAACGUGUUUAGAGUUUUCCUAACUCUGUUAUUUAUUGUCAUGUCAACAUAAAAAGAGAAAGGUGAAACAACGGCGGUAGGGAGAACUGCCCGACCUUGAACAUACCAAGAACUGUUCUCUAGUAUAGUCAUUCAGUUUUCCUCACUCUUUCAGACGUGUAAUGUUACCAGGAAGUCUUUCGCUGAAUUUCAUCUGUCUACAAUUUCAUAGUUCGGCUGUUCUUUUUCCCUAAGAAUGACAUAAAAGGUACUUCUGUGACGGAACAUUUAAUUAUAGAAUGUAAUAAUAGGUAGGCGCGUUCUAGCAAAGUUAGAAAAAUGAAAUGCAUUUAUUCCGCCACGAUAGUAAUUCUUAUAUGUCGUUCUUAAUUUAAAAAUAAAUAAAAAAAGAAAAAAAGAUAUACGACAAUUGCAACAAUCAUGGGAGACUUUCUUUUUACAAUAACGUAAAUAAUGUAAAUAACGACGAUUCUCGUUUGACAAGUAUUUAAGUAUUCACUUCCAGGUAUAAGAAACGACGCUUCAAUAACGUUCAUUUGCCACGCAUGUCUCGUAGAUAGCGACAAGUUCGUAUUAUGAAAACCGAGAGUUUAGGGUAAUAAAUUGUAUAGGAACUGCUGUUCCAAAGUAAACGGAUGUUAUUGCGUUAUUACCACGAGGAAAUUCAGCUGACGAAACAGGAAGAUACGCUGCUUAAAGUUAUUGGAGAGUCAUCCACUUUGAUGCUUAGAAAGCUAUUGGACGUUUAGUGAAAAUCUGCGGCUAUUAUGGGAACGGUAUUAUAAUUUCGUUGUCAACAUUUACUUUAUUUUUGACACGUUCGAGAAGCUUAACUCUGUUUAAGACUGUUAUCGAGAACAAAUUAAUACCUUCAUUUUUGAAUUUAUAUAAAAUUUUAUAAUUUAUGUAAAUUAUUUUCAGGAAUGAUAUUACAAUGAAUUAAUUAGUUGUUUCAAACAUUUAAAAUAUGCAUAUAUCGAUCAUUGUGAUAUUUAAUAUUUCAAAUAUUACAGAAUGUAAAUAUUUAAAACUCAUGGUAAAAGUGAGACACCCUGUAUAUAGAAGCUAAUUCAAGAUCUUUUUGUGGAUAGGAUUGCUCCAAUUACUUCAAGCAGAAUGUUUACUCUUUAAAGUAGCAGACUAUACAGAAAAGAUACGGUUUGUAAGUUUCAGUUGUAAACAAAUGAGAACAAAUUGGAUGAAUAUAUUCGAAAGUGAAAUUAAAGGAGAAACACGUACAACAGACGGUUCCGGCUCACUAUAAUUUGAUAUCAAGAAAGUCUAAGAAUUUCGAUAAAGUUACGAGAAUUUAUUGUGAAUGAGAUACUAAUUAUUAGAAAGUUAAACAAAAUACAUACGUAGUUACUCAUCGAGAUUGAGAUCGAAUUUCGCUAAGGAGAAAUCUACUUUAUCGACAGAAGAUAUAAAAAAAUUGUAUAAAACAGGACCAAAGUUCAAAAUAUAGAAUACGUUUGUUAUUGGCAUCGUAAAUCGGGGUACAAAGUAUUGUAUGUUCAACAAAUAGAAGACUCUCCGAUGACCUCGAAAUCACUAGAUUCAAAAGGGUAAUAAAAAAAAUGGGAAGCGAGAAACAUCUCGGAAUUCUGAGCAUUUGUAAUACCGCAAUAACUAUCGGACCAUUCGAAAAAAUGUAUACCACGAGAUAGCAGAACAACAGUUGAUCCUUUAUUUAGGAAAAUUAGCGAAAUCUAACCUUCAUGAUUCCUUGCUUUUUCAAGGAUAUUCACGACGGGACACGACUUCUAGAAACCAACAGAUUUUUCGCGACCUUUAGGGAAAAGUGUCGCGAAAGUUCAUCCAUAGAUACGUUGCAUAACGGAACAAUUAGUAAGGAACAAAUAAACGGGUUAAAAUAUCUCGAACCUACGAUACGACCGGACUGUAUAUUCCACAUAUGCAUAUAUUUAAAAAAAAAAAAACAGUACUGACUGCGAAAACCUUAUAGUUAAAAGGAACAAAAAAAAAGAAGAGAAGAAAGAAAAAAUAUACAUAUACAUACACGUAGUUCGUGAAGUUGUUGACUUAACGUCAAACCAAUUUACAAAAACGUUAAAAACCGUAGAUAUCAUAUAGUGGUAUAUAUGAUAUCUACGUAUGAAAAGGAUUAAAUAAUUCUUAAAAAAAAAAAAGUAAAAUUUUACGGAUCCAGUGAUAUUAUACUUCACAUGUUAUGACGAGCAUACUUUGCUACACUUUUUUUUGUAAAUAUCUUACUGAAAAUACAAAACCAAUACAUAUAUACAUAAAUACGUGUAUACAUAUAUAUAUCGGCAAUCUUCUUACAAUUUUGUGAAUGUUAUCGUAAAAGGUACUGUCUUUAAAUGUUAAACAAUGAUCAGUCAUUCUUUUAUCGAAUAUAUUCUUCUCUUUGUUAGGAAACCAUUCCAUCGAUAGGUUCACUUUGAUUGUUCCUUGUAUAAAGUUUGUAUAAUUGUAAAUUGCCUUUUAUUAACUAUAUUAAAACUGAAUUUUAUUGUCACAGUUAAUGAUACGAUUCUCGAUACUUAAAUGAGAAAAAGAAGCGUACAAAGAUAUUGUUUCGAAAGAUGCGACAUUUGGUGACACUAGCGCCAUCACGGAACAUAACUAGUGAAGCACAAUCGAUAAAAUCGGAAUUCCACGUAAUCCGCGAUUUUAAUCGAAAGCCUAAUUGUUGCUCACUUAUGUUACGAACGUUCACGAUCAUUUCCAGCAGUUAUUUGACGCGUUCUUUUUUGUUCUUCUUUUCCGCAAUAUAGUUGUAAUAUUUUAUUUGUAAGUUUAACCAAUAUUAUGUACGAUCCAUGUAGAAGUGACAUGCAAAAAUAGAUUUCGAAAGCGAAUGGUCAAGUACAUGAAGGUUGUAAAGAGCGACAGUUAAAUCGAUAAUUGAAAUGCGGAUGUUUAUGCAAAUUCAUAUUUUUACGGGAAUAACUAAAGAAAAAUGAAAUUUCUUUUUCAUCCAUUAAAUAUUAUGGCAAGUAUUUUAUUUUGAAUGUUUUACGUAUUUUUACUACUUUAAAUUUGCCAUAAAUGUAUAAACAUUCGUAAUUUAAUAGUAAUAGCUAUUAUAGAUUGAACAUGUGCGAAUUAUUGUUUCUAACUUAUCGAAGGAGAAUUUUAUAUAGAAAAUAUUUGUAUUUACCACAAUCUUUAGUUAAUAUUUUCAUAUGUGCGUGUAGUCUUCCUCAAUAUUAUUAUUAUGUUAUUAUGCUCGAGCGAUCAAUUUCCGUAACGGAAAUUUCUUCGGUUCGAUCGAAUCAAACAAAAGUAUCGAUAUAUUCGCACAUGUCUACCAGUAGAUAAGAAAUGAUAUUAGGUUUCAUAUUUGUAAUUCCAGUGCAGAUUAAAGAACGAACAAAAAAGAAUACGAAGAAAACUGUCAGAUUAUAAUGCUGCAUCUAGAGAAGGCUGUGUUUGACAUAGCUUAAAUCUGUAUAUAUGUUACGUGCAUGUAUAUGAUAUACAUACACGUAUACCAAUGCGUACACAAAAAGAACAUUGCGUACAAAGGAGAAAAAACGUACAUAAUGCACAGAUUACACACCAUAUAUAAGGUCUAAUAAUCCCACACUUAUAUAGUGAAUAUUUAAAAGGAAAAAAUGAAUUGUUCUUCGCGUAUAUUUAUUCCCCUUCCAUCCAACGAGAAGUGUAUAAUUAUUAUUGCGAUAAUAACAUGAGGUUCAGUGUUGCAUUCGACUUUCUAUUACAUUAUAGCAUCUCGUGCAUUAUUCCAGUAAAUAUUACGAAUCAGUCUGAAAAUUUUCCUUUGGUAUCCUGGAAACAAGGAACAAAUAUGUAUUUUCUAUUGAUACAAUUUUCUUUUCAAUUGAUUCAUUUCUUUUUUAUUUUCUUUGUUUUAUUUUCGACUAUAAGAUAAAUGCAAGAUAUAUCGUAUUAAAUCGUACUUUUAAGACAAAGAGCAGUUUGUUUCUUGUAUCCUUGUUCCAUUUGAAGCUUCUCAGAUCGAUUCUGAUUAAUACGCAUCAUAAAAUUGUACUCGAUGAAAAUGAUAACUAUAGAAAUGAUGUUAUUUACGACAGAUCCGUAAUUGCGUACCAUCAAAGAACCACAGUUAGUAGUAGAUGUACUCAAAGCGAAUUAAAAUUCCUGUUCUGUUUCCUCUCGACCAUUUCCGUUUAUCUGCACGAAUAUCAGGGUAAUAACCUCACUACGUGAAUUUUUCAACGGACGUCGAUGAAUAUAAUCGCAAUGAACUUAAAAUGAUUUCUCGAUUACAUUCUCUCGCAUGAUUCAAUGUAAUGUUGCUUGUGGAAAAUAGUUUUUCCGCCAAAAGUUACUGAUGUUUAACCAACAAGCAUUUUAAGCUCAUGUAAGACAUUCAACUAUAUAUAAGCGAAACAGAUCCAUCCCCGAUAUUACAAACUUGCAAAUGUUUUAUUUUAUUUAAUACUUACUAUCAUCUUAUUAUUAAACACUUAUUAUCUAAUUACAAUACUUCAUGUGACUAUCGAAGUGUUAACGAUGGGUGCGAAUUUUUGAAAGCGUUUAAUUCUAAGUGAACAUAACGGGGAGCGUUACAAGAUAUUUCUUCGGUAAUUACGAUUCUAGCUUGGGGUACGUUAUGUUUGGGCGGUACCUCUGAGAUGUUUAAAAAGAUAUUGACAAUAUAUAUACAUGUGAUUGACAGAAGGUUCCAUCACAAUUUUGUAAACUACAUCGUAUUUCUAUAGGGUUUACCAUUCGGAGAAUGUAGGAAGUAUAAAAGGGCACGUGAAUUUAAUUAAUUGCAUUGAAUUGAAUCAUUCAAUCAGAGAAAGAGAAAAACGAUGAAUUAACAGUUUUAAUAAUACAGAUAAUAAACUAACAGUUUAUUGUAACUGUUUUAAUUGUCAAAAUGAUUAAUAAUCCUUAAUAAUUGGGAAAGCUGCAUGUAACUCGAAAAAUUCACGUGCCCACGAAAUGUCCUUGUUCUUCCGCUUUAGUAAUAUCGUAUAAAAUAGUUUUUCCUUUCCUUUGUCUUUUUUCUUUUGUCUCUCAAUAACACCGUAAGUACAUGCGGUCCAGUUACACAUUACAUAAAUACGUUUAUUGAAACUUUCCAUAACGAUACCGAAUUAUCGAUUCAGUGCACUUCGAUCAAUUAAUUAAACGUUCGUAUUCAUUUUGAACGUCUAGUUAGGCCAUGUUCGAAACCAGACCAGACUACUAUUUUAUACCUGUAUUUCACGAUCAAGAUAUUAAAAUCAUUAUCCAAUGCGCAUUAUUAUGUGUAUGUACAUUUUGUUUAAUAGAGAUAAUAUUUCAUAUUU